AUGGGUCUCGACCCAAAUUCUCAGCCCAAAGCAGGCCGCAAACCUGGUCGAAGCAACCACAACAGACCCGGACAAAAGAAGCAAACAAACGCCACCAAAAGCUCAGCUUCACGAAAGCCCAAUCGGCGCGCGACCCUCCCGCGGCAGCCGUACGUCGAAGGAAUAUACAGCCCAAACCAAAAUGUGCAUUUUGAAACGCCCGAGUCGUGGGAAGACCACCAUGCCAAGUUGCUGAACGACACCAAGCGGGUGUACUUUUCGGAAAAGUUUAUCAUCAAAGAUGCUCAUAUCGACGCUCUCAUUUCGGUGGGAGCCGACUUCUGCCAGUCUCUGCGCAGCUUCUCUGCCGGGGACGCAGAGACCGGCAAGGGCUAUGACUUGACCGACGCAGCCAUCGACCGCCUUGCAAAAGCGUGUCCCAACCUCGUCCACGUCAGUCUCGACGGCGCAGUCCAGCUCACAGACAAAUCCCUGCUGUCCCUCUUCGAAAACUGUCCCAACCUUGCAUUCGUUCAGGUAUCCGGCAACGACAACUCACCCGGCAGGGUCAAGGGGACUUCUCUCCGCAAGUUAAAGGACAAUUCAGCCAUGGCCCCGAAACCGGUCGAGCUGAAAUUGUCGGACCAGUGCGAGAUUGACGAGAGGCUCGAGGCGGCCAUGAAGGCGCUGUCUGCGGCUAGGAAAGAUCUUCUCAUUCAGGCGGGGAACACGCAUGAGGAGUAUGGCUCGGUUCACUACUGGCUUGGGGGAAAGAAUAAGUUUGAGUUUGAGGUAUUCGGGGGUGGUUCCGGCAUGGGCUUUGGAUGCUGGUGA